AUGGGGCUGUUUCCCAGGUACUUCGGCCUUCGUGGUCAGGCCCUGAGUUGGGCCAUUGGUGCCAUUGCUGGUCUCGACUUCUUGCUUUUCGGCUACGAUCAAGGUGUCAUGGGCGGUAUUCUGACUCUCAAGGUCUUCCUUGAAGAGUUCCCCGACAUCAACCCUGAUAGCGACGACUCUUCGAGCACUGCUGAGCAGCGCUCCACGUACCAGGGUAUCGCUGUCGCCUCGUAUAACCUGGGAUGCUUCAUUGGCGCCAUCAUCACAAUCUUUAUCGGAAACGCCCUCGGCCGUAGGAGGAUGAUCUUUCUCGGAACCGCAAUCAUGGUCGUUGGUGCCGCCCUCCAGGCCUCUGCAACCACUCUGCCGCACUUGGUCAUAGGCCGUAUCAUCACCGGUCUGGGCAACGGUGGUAAUACCUCGACUGUUCCCAUGUGGCAGUCGGAAACAUCCAAGGCCAACCAGCGCGGUAGGCUCGUCAUGAUUGAGGGUGCCCUCAUUACUGGCGGUAUCACCAUCUCAUACUGGGUCGACUACGGCAUGUCGUACGCCCCUGGCUCUGUCGCAUGGCGCUUCCCCCUGGCUUUCCAGAUUGCCUUCUGUGUUCCCAUCCUGCUCUGCGUCCUCAACCUUCCCGAGUCUCCGCGCUGGCUCAUCCUUCGUGGCCGCGACGCUGAGGCCAGGGAUGUCAUCGCAACGCUUGCCGAUGAUGGUUCUGAUGAGGGCUUCAUCACUAACGAGUUCAGGGCCAUCAAGGAUACUGUCUUGGUCAUGAGCAAGGGACGCUUCAAGGACCUCUGGGACCGUGAUGAGCAGAGGACUCUGCACCGCACCAUCCUGGCCUACGUCAACCAAAUGUUCCAGCAGAUCUCGGGUAUCAACCUCAUUACUUAUUACGCCGCCGUCAUCUACCGCCGACUAGGCAUGAGCGACGACCUGUCCCGUCUCCUGGCUGCCCUCAACGGUACCGAGUACUUCCUCGCUUCGUGGCCCUCUGUUUUCCUCGUUGAAAGGGUUGGUCGCCGCAAGCUCAUGCUCUUCGGUGCCAUCGGCCAGGCUGGUACCAUGGCUAUCCUGGCUGGUGUCGGUUCGCGGGAGGACGACAAGGCCUGUCAGAUUGCCGGUAUCGUCUUCCUCUUUGUCUUCAACAGUUUCUUCGCCGUCGGCUGGUUGGGAAUGACGUGGCUCUACCCUGCCGAGAUCACUCCCCUGCGCACCCGUGCUCCCGCCAACGCCCUGGCGACCUCGUCCAACUGGAUCUUCAACUUUCUUGUUGUCAUGAUUACUCCGGUCGCCUUCCAAACGAUCAAGAACCACACCUACACCGUCUUCGCUGUCAUAAACUUCAUCAUGAUCCCCUCAACCUACUUCUUCUUCCCCGAGACGGCUUACCGUUCCCUCGAGGAGAUGGACAUCAUCUUCUCCAAGGCUCGUGGUCUCGGCGGUGCUUUCAGUGUUAUUCAGAUUGCCCACGACGAACCCCAUCACUACGACAAGAACGGAAACCUCCUCAUUCCCUUUGACGAGGACAUCAACGAUAAGCCCGAGGCUACGCACAACAGCGGGUCCGACGAGCCCGGAGGUAUCCUGGCUGGGGAUGAGGAGAAGGUUGUUGGCAGGUCAUGA